AUGGCUGCUGUCGUGUGCACUCUGGCAGCGGAGUGGGGCUAUUGUCUUGCGUUUCCCACCGAAAAGGAAGAAGUCGUAGGUGAACGAUCGUGCACAAUCUCUGGAAUCCAAGGAUCAGCACCUGUUACAGAAUCGGCAGAGACUGAAACAUGCAUGGCCUUCGCCUCGGACUUACGAACUGUUCGAGAAAACCUCAGCAAGAUCACUGAAUAUGCUGAAGGGCUUAAGAAACAUUCCCACUAUCUUGUUAUUCCCAUCGCCGAGCAGGAGCGAACUAAAAAUACUCUUUUAGAUUUGGGCAAAAUUGUGCUCGAUUCCUCCCUUAUAACUUUGACUGAGCAAAGGCGCAAUCGGCUACGGGAGCUAAUUCUAAAGACGACGAAAAAUCUCGAGAACGUCGCCAAGUUAAACUACGAUUUCUGCCAGCAGUUGGAGGACGUUUCCUUAGCCCUUGCGCAGUAA